AUGGCACCCCUGAAGCGCAAAAGAGUCGAGCAGGAACCGCCAGAAGCGACAGUGACGCGCCGUGCGACGCGUCAAACCUCAAUCCCCCCACUCCCAGCUCAGCCUGAUCCCGAACCCCGACGCCGCCGACCGCGAGCCAUCUCCCCCGACGAGGCAGCCCAGGCCAACGGCGUUGGCGACAAGAAGGCCUCGAACGGCGCGUCUGCACCGGCGAUCAGAGCGCCCAAGACGAUGAAGCAGACCGCCGCGACCGCGGAGCCCACCAAAACUACGAGAUCGACGAGACAUGGUGCCGAUGAUGGCGGAAGUCUUCCCAAUGGCAUUGAGAACCAAAGGCCAGGACCUGUGAACUCGUCCGCAAUCCCUCCCCCCACAACGCAACGCCCACCGAUGAAGAGGACGGGCCCGCCGAAGAAACCGCUCCAGUCGCAUCAGCAGACUGUGGGUGUCACCAAGCCGAUCACGAUCGCGACGUCUGGUCCAGCCAUCCAACCUCCGCAGCACGACACCAAUGGCACUGCCAGUCCACAGAAGCCCAAUAGCCGUCCCGAUCGCAACAUCGAUAAAGUCGUGUUGGGCAACAUAUGCUUUCGAGCGUGGUACCCCUCUUACUAUGGGAAGGAGGUGCUCGGCGACGUUGCGAGCAGCAACGCCAAGACUCCAGUCAACGGCGGCAGUCACGACGAUGGAGGUGCCAAGCAAGCGGGCCGCCGUGACCGUGAUCACCAGCCCAUGCUAGAUCGCCUCUACGUCUGCCCGUGCUGUUUCAAAUACUCAAAGGAGCUGGUCGCGUGGUGGGAGCAUGUGCGAGUAUGCGAGCAGCGUGGGUUCGUCCCCGGCCGAAAGAUCUAUGUACACCCCAAACCGAAGAGGAUACCGCAGGAGACACCUGUACCUAUCCCGAUCCCAAGACCCUUCAAGAAGAAGAAGCCAGAUCCGCCGCCGCCUGUCAUACCGCAGAGCAUCCAACAGGAUGUUGGGGAGUGGAGCAUUUGGGAAGUCGAUGGAGAGAAAGACGUGCUGUUCUGUCAGAAUCUGUCUCUGUUUGCAAAACUGUUCCUCGAUAACAAGUCCGUUUUCUUCGACGUGACUGGCUUCAAUUACUUUCUACUUGUCUUUACGCCAAAGGCCGAGCCAGCGACCGGUGACAUUGCGCCGAGGCACCAUAUCGUGGGCUUCUUCUCAAAAGAGAAGAUAUCGUGGGACAACAACAAUUUAGCGUGUAUCUUGGUAUUCCCGCCAUGGCAGAGGAAGGGCUUGGGGGCGCUUCUCAUGGGUGUAUCGUACGAAAUAUCGAGACGCGAGGGUGUACUCGGUGGGCCAGAGAAGCCCAUCUCGGAUCUGGGCAAGAAGGGCUACAAACGAUUUUGGGCUGGUGAGGUCGCAAGGUGGAUCUUGACUCUGGAAUUGUCAACGCAGGAUGGCGAGGAGACCAUUGUCGACGUGGAGGAGUGCAGCAAAGCAACAUGGAUUGCUCCCGAGGACUGUCUGCUCGUCUUGCGGGAGAUGGGGCUUGUCGAAGACGCCGGCAUGGGGCAGCCGAAGCGGAAGGAACCCGUGCAGCAUGAGGAGCAGGCCGAGGAGCAGGAGGAAGAGCCCAAGCCGGCCCCGGACGUGCCGCGAGUCAAGCUGUCUAAGGCGGCGGUUCAGCAAUGGGUCUCGGCUAACGGUCUGAACCUGGCUCGGAGCUGCGACCCGGCAGGCUUCGUGGAGGGCUACGCGAUCAAGCAGCCAGUGGAGGCAGAGGAGGCCUAG